GGCGAUCCUAUCGGACAUAUUUGAUGAAACACAGGAACGAUUAAAGGAGAACCUAUUUGUUUACAUAGAUCCGAGGUUGAAAUAUCUUCAGUUUCUCUGACAUCUUCUGGUUUCAAAAUUAGCCAGGGACAUUUUACUAUUUAAUAACUUACAAACAGUGAAAAGCCUUUCAAUUGUCUUGUUUAGUUAGCUCUCUGGAGCAGGUUUUCCGCUUACUACGAGGGUAGCUAGCUAGCUCGAUGUUAGCAGCAAUCUAUCGCUUGCUAUGCAUUUCACGAUGGACGACAGACUAUAAAAUUUGACCUCCGAUGUUAUAAACAAAUUGAAAGGUUGUUAUUUGCAGUUUUACAAAAAUGGAUAUCAGUCUAACAAUUUCCCUAAUGCGGGGACAGAUGGGUACCGUGAUAGAGAGAGCGGUUAGUGCCGCUGUUGAGACGGUGUUGGGAGAGAUGCUUAGAGUGGUCGGCAUUAAAUUCGACGAGCUGAAGAUGGAGGUAGUAGCUAAAGAGAAAGAGGCGGAGAACAUAAGACAGAUGCUGGAGAUAUCCCGAUCUCAGAUGAAGACCAUGCGGAAACACAUGAACGCUCUGGGUGAGAACGCGCACUCUGCCACUUAUCAGACCUACCGGACAGCAUUCGGCCAUUCUGAUCCCCGCAGAAUUCACGGUUCCUCCGAGGCCGCACUGUCCUCGGGUUUACCACAGCCGCCGAGAAGGACGGUUCCAAACAACAACCAAAUUCCCACUACAAAUGGAAACGUACAGGCAAGGAAUCGAGUCACCAUCACCAUACCCUCUGAGAAUAUGGUCAGGGCCACCCAGCCCUCUGAGAAUAUGGUCAGGGCCACCCAGCCCUCUGAUAUCUUGGUCAGGGCCACCCAGCCCUCUGAGAAUAUGGUCAGGGCCACCCAGCCCUCUGAUAUCUUGGUCAGGGCCACCCAGCCCUCUGAUAAUUUAAUCAGGGCCACCCAGCCCUCUGAUAAUUUGGUCAGGGCCACCCAGCCCUCUGAUAAUUUGGUCAGGGCCACCCAGCCCUCUGAUAAUUUGGUCAGGGCCACCCAGCCUUCUGAUAAUUUGGUCAGGGCCACCCAGCCUUCUGAUAACUUGGUCAGGGCCACCCAGCCCUCUGAUAAUAUGGUAACCGUUAGGGCAACAUCCUUUGACAGUCACGAUGAUCUGACAACUGUGAUCUCCCAGACUCUGGAGGACCGGACAUUGACACCCACUGUCUCUGCAAUGAAUAGUUCAUCAGAGCAUCUGGAACCUUUGAAAGAGGAGCCCCCAGCCCUCCUAGACCCCGAGGUGUCUGAUGAGAGCCAGAGGAGGGAGGAGGAAGAAGAGUGUCAGGCUGAGUGGACCAUAAGUACACAGCCACCAGAGACAAGCACAGACCCUGGGGCUCAGCUGGUCCUCUCCCCUCCCAGGACUGACGGAGCAGACUGCUCUGCCAGGAGUGUACUGCCAUCCUCCCAGCCCCUGUCCCAGUUCCAAGUGAAAGAGGAGGAAGCUGAGGUGGAGAUCAUCUGUAUCAAACAGGAACCAGAGGAGGUGGAGACCCUGCUGAUAAACCUGGCUGCCGAAGGCUUCAACUCUCAGGGCAACCUCCUCCUGGACAGUGAUAGGACCAUCCCAGGCUCUCAAAGCCAGAGGGAUAGGAGAGCACCCCGUCCACCACAGAGCCAGAGGACCUUAGCAGAGAAUACACCCUUCACCUCAGCCGACUCUUGUUCAUAUGGGCUGUCCCAGGCAGUGAUGUCCAUGUCAGGAGUUGCUCCCAGGCCCAUGGUGCGUCCGUGGCCCAAAGACCUGAGUCUGUACGAGGAGUUUAAAAUGAGACGAACUGAGCUGAGGAGGAGGAGCCAGACCCGUCAGAGGGAGAUUGAGAAGAACCUUCCCCAGCCUCUAUUAGCUGACCUGGUGAAGGAGAGACGGGAGAAGACCCGGCUCAGAGUGGCCCGCUGGAGAGCCAAGAGGAAGCUGCAGGCCUGUCUACUGACUCAGAUGACCCAACAGACACAACACCAACAGACUGGACCGGGACUGGGCCAGGGGAAUAGUCUGAACAGUGGGCUGGGGAAUCAUAGCCAGAUUAGCCACCACACACAACACAAAACCACAGGCCCCACUCAGACUCCGCAGAGGAACAGUGCUGCCAUCUCUCAAUCGCAGUACAACAACAGUUUUUUGUACAACAGAAGUCACUGUGAGACUGGGGCUGGUAACGUUAACUACCCUCCUCUCCAGUUCAACUCCUCCUCUCUAAUGCUGGGGCAACACGGAGGACACAAUAUGGUGGAGCACAUUAUGCAUUCUACAAUGACAUCAUCCUCACAGCAGGGCCUCUCCCUGACAGACUCUGAGCUCUACCAGUAACAAGGGAUCAUGGGUAUUCAAAUCUUACCCAACAAGUUCUGGAUUACUGCUGUUUUUUGUUGUUGUUCUACCUGAUAAUGAAUUACACCCACCUGGUGUCCCAGGUCUAAAUCAGUCCCUGAUUAGAGGAGAAUCACCCACCUGGUGUCCCAGGUCUAAAUCAGUCCCUGAUUAGAGGAGAAUCACCCACCUGGUGUCCCAGGUCUAAAUCAGUCCCUGAUUAGAGGAGAAUCACCCACCUGGUGUCCCAGGUCUAAAUCAGUCCCUGAUUAGAGGGGAAUCACCCACCUGGUGUCCCAGGUCUAAAUCAGUCCCUGAUUAGAGGGGAAUCACCCACCUGGUGUCCCAGGUCUAAAUCAGUCCCUAAUUAGAGGAGAAUCACCCACCUGGUGUCCCAGGUCUAAAUCAGUCCCUGAUUAGAGGGGAAUCACCCACCUGGUGUCCCAGGUCUAAAUCAGUCCCUAAUUAGAGGGGAAUCACCCACCUGGUGUCCCAGGUCUAAAUCAGUCCUUGACUAGAGGGGAAUCACCCACCUGGUGUCCCAGGUCUAAAUCAGUCCCUGAUUAGAGGGGAAUCACCCACCUGGUGUCCCAGGUCUAAAUCAGUCCCUGAUUAGAGGGGAAUCACCCACCUGGUGUCCCAGGUCUAAAUCAGUCCCUGAUUAGAGGGGAAUCACCCACCUGGUGUCCCAGGUCUAAAUCAGUCCCUAAUUAGAGGGGAGGAGUGGAAUUGGCUUUGUGGUCCACAUUUGAAUUAGAGGGCAGAAGACCAACAUUACAAUACCAGGUCUACUCUACCAGUACCAGUUCUACUCUACCAGUACCAGGUCUACUCUACCAGUUCUACUCUACCAGUACCAGUUCUACUCUACCAGGUCUACUCUACCAGUUCUACUCUACCAUUUAUACUCUACCAGUUAUACUAUACCAGUACCAGUUCUACUCUACCAGGUCUACUCUACCAGUACCAGUCCUACUCUACCAGUUCUACUCUACCAGUUAUACUCUACCAGUACCAGUUCUACUCAACCAGUACCAGUUCUACUCAACCAGUACCAGUUCUACUCUGCCAGUUCUACUCUACCAGUUCUACUCUACCAGUUAUACUCUACCAGUUAUACUCUACCAGUACCAGUUCUACUCUACCAGGUCUACUCUACCAGUUCUACUCUACCAGUACCAGUUAUACUCUACCAGUUCUACUCUACCAGUACCAGUUCUACUCUACCAGGUCUACUCUACCAGUACCAGUUCUACUCUACCAGUACCAGGUCUACUCUACCAGUUCUACUCUACCAGUUCUACUCUGCCAGUACCAGUUCUACUCUACCAGUUCUACUCUACCAGUACCAGUUCUACUCUACCAGUACCAGUUCUACUCUACCAGUACCAGUCCUACUCUACCAGUUCUACUCUACCAGUUCUACUCUACCAGUACCAGUUCUACUCUACCAGUUCUACUCUACCAGUACCAGUUCUACUCUACCAGUACCAGUUCUACUCUACCAGUACCAGUUAUAGUCUACCAGUUAUACUCUACCAGUACCAGUUUUACUCUACCAGUACCAGUUCUACUCUACUAGUACCAGUCCUACUCUACUAGUACCAGUUCUACUCUACCAGUUCUACUCUACCAGUUCUACUCUACCAGUACCAGUUCUACUCUACCAGUUCUACUCUACCAGUACCAGUUAUAGUCUACGAGUUCUACUCUACCAGUACCAGUUAUAGUCUACCAGUCCUACUCUACCAGGUCUACUCUACCAGUUUUACUCUACCAGUACCAGUUUUACUCUACUAGUACCAGUUCUACUCUACUAGUACCAGUUCUACUCUACCAGUUCUACUCUACCAGUACCAGUUAUAGUCUACGAGUUCUACUCUACCAGUACCAGUUCUACUCUACCAGUUCUACUCUACCAGUACCAGUUAUAGUCUACGAGUUCUACUCUACCAGUACCAGUUCUACUCUACCAGUUCUACUCUACCAGUAACAAUAGAGCAGAUGAUGUGUUUUGUGGAGUCACUCCGUUGUAUGGCACCCUAAUUCCCUAUGUAGUGCACUACGUUUGACAAAGGUCUUUAUGGCUCUGGUCAAAAGUAGUGCACAAUAUAGGGUGUCAUUUUCAGACACAGCCUAUGCCUUCUGAUGCAGGGCCAAUAACAUGAGAUAUUUCAAGAGGAAUUGUGUGAAUGCAAAAAUGAUCAAAAUUUUGCCUGUGACAAAAUUCAUCAAAAAAGGCUUUUAUUUUAUGAUAACGGCCUAAUAAUGAUAAUUGAAUUGCAAUUUUAUUUUAAUUACCUGAGAAUGUUUUAAUGUACAACAACAGUAUUUUUUAUUAAAACACAUUAUUUAUGUUAACUUGAAUAAUGACCAUGCCUACAUGUCUUGAAAUAUGGUAUAUUAUAUUGACAUCUAGGUCAAACGAAUGAUUUUAUUUGGCAAACUUCAUUGUCCAUAUUAUUUAAUCAACUGUUAUUUAUACAUUGUAUUGCUCUGCAACUGGAUUUAAAUCAUGAUAAUAAUACUUUAUAAGCUCUAUUCAGAUAUAGGCCUAUUCAAUGACAUAAUAGGAAACUAUCCAAUACAUUAUGAAUCACUUUUUAGAGUUAUGGCCUAGUCUUUGAUCAGACGGAAUUUCUCUUGCUUCAUUCCUCUUGUCCCUACUUGAUAGUUUCAUUAGCAGUGUUCAAGGUGAACAGCUGUUUCCAUGAACCUGUCCUGUCAGUUAUGUUUUGGCAGCAUUUACAAAGUUUGCAUAGAAAAUAGAUGGGACAAUUUCCUGUUACUGUGCGUUUCCAUUGUUCAUUAAAACAGCUGGAUGGAAUGACAUCACACCUAUACAUUUUUUUUUUUAAAACACUUAGAGAAAACCGAGUGUGGAAUGAAAAGGAAAGGAAGUGGUUGAAGUGGUUUCCAUGAUCCAUUUGGGCAAAUUGUGCGUUAAUAAAUUGGCGAUAGCCUGUAUGCCA